UCAAUAUUAAAUGUAGUAUAUGAAUUAUUAACAUAUUCUAAUAAAUUUGUCAAAAAUUUAAAACAUUAACUGAAAUUAUUUCUAGAAGCCAUAUAGUUUAGGGGAUAUGGCAUCAAACCACCUAUAUAUGAUCCCAGCAGUUGUCGAUCCCUCUGGUUUGCAACGCUACUCGGAUCGGGUUGUUGAUGGAAUUGCGGCGGUGUUUCUGGCUUUGAAACGUAGACCUGUCAUCAGAUACCAGAGGACCUAUGAUACUGCAAAAAGGAUUGCACACGAAACAGCGAAAUUGAUGUAUCAGCACGAAAGCGGUCUUUUCGAUUUUAGACGGACUGAAAGCUCUCCGUUGCUGCUUGUAAUUGACAGAAGAGAUGACCCAUUGCUCAAUCAGUGGACAUGUCAGGCGAUGGUGCAUGAACUCAUAGGACUUCAGGAUAAUAAAGUAGACUUGAGAGCUAUUGGAAGUCUUUCAAAAGAUCAGCAAGUUGAGGUGGUUUUAUCAUCAGAACAAGAUGCAUUCUUCAAAUCUAACAUGUAUGAAAAUUUUGGGGAUAUCGGAAUGAACAUCAAGCGAAUGGUGGAUGACUUUCAGCAGGUGGCAAAGAGUAACCAAAAUAUCCAGACAGUAGAGGACAUGGCCAGAUUUGUUGACAAUUACCCUGAGUACAAAAAAAUGCAAGGCAACGUGUCAAAGCAUGUAACCCUGGUUACUGAAAUGAGCAAGCUAGUUGAAGCAAGGAAACUGAUGCUGGUUUCACAAACAGAGCAGGAUUUGGCUUGCAAUGGCCAAGGAGCUGCAUAUGAGGCAGUUACUGAUCUCUUAAAUAACGAAAAUGUGUCUGAAAUCGACCGGCUACGUUUGGGAAUGCUGUAUGCUCUGCGCUAUGAGAAAGAGAAUCCCGUUCAGUUGAUGCAACUGUUCAACAAAUUGGCUUCAAGGUCUCCUAAGUACAAACCAGGGCUUGUUCAGUUUCUAUUGAAGCAAGCCAGUGUGGAGAAGCGUACUGGUGAUCUAUUUGGAAACAGAGAUCUUAUGAAUAUAGCACGCAACAUGGCUCGUGGACUUAAGGGGGUUGAGAAUGUGUACACUCAACACCAGCCUCUUCUGUUUCAAACAAUGGAGAGCAGAACCAGAGGGAGAUUACGAGAUGUGGACUAACCUUUUGCUGGAGAUCAUUUUCAACACGGACUGCCACAAGAGGUGGUGAUAUUCAUGGUUGGUGGAACAACGCACGAGGAAUCACGCUCUGUUGCUCUUCAAAAUGCCACCAACUCUGGCAUUCGGUUUAUUCUCGGCGGCACCGCAGUGCUUAAUUCCAAAAGAUUUCUAAUGGACUUGGAAGAAGCACAAAGGAUAUCAAGAUCAGGUAGCCAUAUGGUGUGAAGAGAUGUACAACAACACAACAGAGUUCUGUGUAAAUUAGUCUAUGUAAGAUUCUCUUACUUAUGAUGAGCAUAGAAGAACUAAACAUGCCUGUGUUAUCUACCAUCACAUCGGAGAGGCAAUGAAAGAAGAAGAUUGUGGUCAGAUUCGUUGAAUCUUUAGGAAACAUGACGACUACCCAGAGAUCAUAUUGGAUUGUUCAUCGUGGUACAGUUUAAUUGGAUUAUUCUUCGUACAGACUAAUCAGGAAAUGUUAACUUCAGGGAAUGUUGCUUUAGCAUUCAAAGUUUAGAAAGUAGAGAUUACUUUCGGUUUACUAUCGAUCAAAUUUGUUGUCACGUGUUUGUAUGUCGCAUAAGUUUUUUAUGUUAGUUGUUAAAAAAUAUCAGCUAUAUCCUUCACUG